AUGUUGAAUUCAGUAUCAGAAAAUACACUUAGGCGGUACUUACCUUACCUCAGGGACUGGCUUAUAUACUGUUCAUCUGACAAUAUUAGUACAAAUACUGCUAAUAUUUCACAAAUUAUAACUUAUCUCACAGUAAAGUUUGAUGAAGGUAUGUCUUAUGAAAGCCUUAACUCCAUAAGAUCAGCCUUGUCGUUAUUGAUAGGUUCUCAUAUUGGAAUAAAUGAUCAAAUAAAAAGAUUAUUUAAAGGGUUCUAUAGGUUGAGACCAAAUAAUCCCAAAUAUCAAUUCACUUGGAAUAUAUCAGAAGUGUUCAAUUACCCUGAGCUUCAUCAGAUGGAUACAAAGGAUGUAAAAUUCCAAGCAAAGAAAACAGCAAUGCUGUUUGCUCUAGCAACAGGACAAAGAGCACAAACCUUAGCAUCAGUGGAAAUUAGACAAAGUAAGAAUAGAGAAUGA